GGGAACUGGGGGGUGUGUCCCACUGAGUGAGCACUCCGGCGGCUAUAAAGUCGGUCUCUCGUGCCCUUCUUUUCGGUCUUCUUGCUAUCCCUCAUCCUUCAGAACUAUACACUCCACCUCCAAAUCCAUACAUCUCAAUUGCACCGCCACAAUGAGCUUCCACCACAGCGCAGAGGACAUCCAGAUUGAGGACAACCACAUCUUGGUUGCCAAACUGGCAAAUGAGGAUGGUGAAAUGCAAGACGCGUCCAUUGACCUGGACGAGUUCAUUGGAAACAACGACGGUUCCUUCGAGUGGGACGGUCAAAACUUCUCCGAGACCGCCGAGGACGUGGAAUUCUCGAUCGAGGGAGACGGCGAAGUGCCCGUGCUGCGGGCCAAAUUGAACAACGCGGAAGGGGAGCAAGUCGAGGCCGAUAUUAACCUGGGAGAGCGGGUUGUGAACAACAAUGGCGCCUUUGAGUUUCAAUAGUCCAUAACAUUUAUCAUACCGUGUCCGUGGGAAGCGAAAGCCACCUGUGUUGAAUCUACAACCUACGAAG